AUGUUGGAACUGAGGCUUCUUCUUUUAGGGAAACAUGGCGCAGGGAAAAGUGCCACAGGAAACACCAUUCUGGGCAAAGCUGUGUUCAAGUCCAGGUUCAGUGAGCAGAUGGUGACUAAAACGUGCCAGAGAGAGAGUGGGGCCACGCAGGGGUGGGAGGUUGUGGUCAUCGACACCCCUGACCUUUUCUCCUCAAUAGCUUGUGCCAAUGACAAGGAAGGCUACAUUGAGCGCUGCCUGGAGCUCUCGGCUCCCAGCCUUGACGCCUUGCUUCUGGUAAUUCCCAUCGGCCAUUAUAAGGUGGAGGACAGAGAAACAAUCAAGGGCAUCCAGAAGGUGUUUGGAGCUAAAGCCAGGAAGCACAUCAUUAUAGUCUUUACUUGGAAAGAUGAUUUGAUGGGUGGCUUGCUGGAAGAUUACAUUGAAAGUGACGAGUCUGUUAAGGACUUGGUUCAAAACUAUGGCGGCCGAUACUGCGCUUUCAACAACAAGGCAAUUGAGGAUGAGCGGGACGCCCAGGUGAAGGACCUCCUCUGCAAGGUCAGGUGUUUGGUGGAUGAGAACCAAGGACCAUACUGGGUGAACUUCAGAAAUGAAGACAGUGGAUUCCAGAAUUGUGUGAAUGAAGCUACAUCUCAGAGGGAGGACCAUCCACAUGGGUCAGGGGAGGAGCAUCACCAGGCUACAGGAUGUGAGCCGAACCAUGAGCCGUCAGCCCUGAAGGUCCUGCUUGUGGGGAAGCAUGGUGUGGGAAAAAGUGCAGCCGGAAACAGCCUUCUGGGGCAGCGGGUCUUUGAGACCCAAUACAGUGAAAAGCCAGUAACCCAGAGGUGUAAGUCUGAGAGCAGAACCUGGAGAGGGAGGAAAGUUUUGAUCAUCGAUACUCCAGACUUCUCAUCUCCAAAGGAUGUUGAACAAGACCUUGUGAACAACACCUUUCCAGGUCCCCACGCCUUCCUGCUGGUGACCCCACUGGGCUCUUUCAAUGAGAGAGAUCGCAUGGUGCUGAAUACCAUCCACAGCAUUUUUGGAGAUAAAUACAUUGAGUACAUGAUUGUUCUCCUCACCAGGAAAGAAGAUCUAGGGAAUCAGGAUCUAGACACGUUCUUAAAACUCAGAGCUAAAGGGCUCUGCAGGCUCAUCAAGGCAUGUGAAAACCGAUGCAGCCUCUUCAACUAUAGAGCAACGGGGGAAGAGGGGCAGUGCCAGGUGGAUGAGCUCCUGCAAAACAUUGUGAGCGUGGUACAGCGGAACGGGGGCAAGCCUUGCACCUUCAGGGGGAAAGAAUCCCUGUGCAUUAUCCUCGUGGGGAGGAGUGGAAAUGGGAAGAGCGCCAGUGGGAACAACAUCCUUGGGAGGCCGGAGUUCCACUCCCAGCUGGGAGCACAGCUGGUCACCAAGACAUGCCAGAGCGGCUGGAGGGUGUGGGAUGGCCAGGAUGUUGUGGUUGUGGACACUCCCCUGCCCUGCCUGGUGUCCGGAGCUGAAGGGGGUCCAUCCCAGCUCGAUGAGGAGGUCAAACGCUGUUUGUCCUACUAUAAAGAAGGGAGUACGGUUCUGGUCCUGGUAUUACAGCUAGGACGGAUCACACAAGAGGACAAAAAGGCAGUGGCGGAAUUAAAGACCAUCUUUGGAGAGGAAGUUAUGAAAUACACGAUUGUGCUGUUUACCCGGAAGGAAGACUUAGAGACUGGGAAGCUUGAAAAUUAUGUCAACACAGAUAACAGAUAUCUUAGGGACAUAAUUGGAAAAUGUAAGGGGAGAUAUUGUGCUUUUAAUAACAAAGAAACUGGCCAAGCCAGGGAAGAGCAGGCAAGAGAGCUUUUGUCAGAGGUUAGAAACCUGAUAAAGUGCCGUGGACAGCAUGAAUAUCCCCAUCCAUGGGGGAAUGUAGGCAAAAUAAUGAAAAAUUUUCAGCCCCCAAAAUUACUAAAUAAUUUAAAAAGUACAUUACUAUAA